GCCAUUUGUCUAACUCAACUCAACCAUGAAAUUCUAGCUUAUCUACUACACCUGGACAUCGUAAAAUAUGCCAUUACUAAUUUGGAGAAUAAUUUUCACUCUUCUACAUACGAUUUUUCUCGUGACUCAGUUUACUAAUGUAGCUCAUCUAUCGAAUAUAUGUACUGCAGGUUAACAUCACGAUAUCUCUCUCUCUGUAUAUAUGAGAUACAAAGUAGUAAUUAAAUAGUGGAGUAUAUAUAUACAAAGUAAUUAAGCAUGCACUGAUACAGAGUCACAGUUCUCGUCCAUGCAAUUGUAGGAGAUUCUCUCAGUGCAGUAGUCUGGUGUCGCUCUACACAAGAAUACAUAUAUAGAGGCAAGUGGGCGGGUAGUUUUGUAUAGUAGCGCUCUUUCUAAAUUUUGAUUCAUAUAUAUAUAUAUAAUGUGGCACUAGCACUACUAAUAGGUCUACCUCAACUAAAUAAAUUCAACACCCAAUUGAAUAAAACCAGCAAGCACAUGGAACCAAAUAUUCCUCCACCGGCGGAGCUGCAAAUAGCCAUGGAGACGGAGGUCCACCGGGUGGCGGCCCCGCCUCGCCGCAGCAGCCUCCACAAACUGAAGGACAGGCUCAAAGAGACCUUCUUCUCGGACGACCCUCUGCGGCAGUUCAAGGGCCAGUCAUGCAGAAGUCGGCUCAUUCUUGGCGCUCAGUACGUGUUUCCGAUUCUUGAAUGGGGCCCCAACUACAAACUCAACCUCCUCAAAUCCGACAUCGUUUCGGGCCUCACCAUUGCCAGCCUCGCCAUACCUCAGGGCAUAAGUUAUGCUAAGCUCGCUAAUUUGCCUCCAAUUGUUGGACUUUAUUCAAGUUUUGUGCCUCCAUUGAUAUAUGCUGUUCUUGGGAGCUCAAGGGAUCUUGCAGUAGGCCCAGUUUCUAUUGCUUCUUUGAUUAUGGGACAAAUGUUGAGACAAGAAGUUUCACCAGUUCAAGACCCCAUUUUAUUUCUUCAGCUCGCUCUUUCUUCUACUUUUUUCGCUGGCCUUUUUCAAGCUUCUUUGGGAUUUUUAAGGCUUGGAUUUAUCAUCGAUUUUCUUUCGAAAGCAACUCUUAUUGGAUUUAUGGCGGGUGCUGCCAUUAUUGUCUCCUUGCAGCAGCUUAAGAGCCUUCUGGGAAUCAAGAAUUUCACCACGAAAAUGGGCAUAGUUCCUGUCAUGAGCUCUGUUUUUCAAAACAUACAUGAGUGGUCAUGGCAAACUAUAUUAAUGGGGUUUUGCUUCCUGGUCUUGCUUCUUUUAGCAAGACAUAUUAGCAUUCGGAAACCAAAGCUAUUUUGGGUGUCAGCUGGAGCCCCUCUGGUCUCCGUAAUCAUUGCCACAUUGCUGGUUUUUGCAAUGCAAGCUCAAAAUCACGGCAUCACUAUUAUUGGGAAGCUACAAGAAGGCCUGAAUCCACCUUCCUGGAACAUGUUGCGUUUGCAUGGCAACUACUUGCCACUCGUCACCAAAACCGGCCUUGUCACCGGAAUUAUUUCACUCACUGAAGGAAUUGCAGUUGGAAGAACCUUUGCUGCAUUGAAGAACUACCAGGUUGAUGGAAACAAGGAGAUGAUUGCAAUUGGAGUGAUGAAUAUAGUUGGUUCCUCCACUUCUUGCUAUGUGACAACAGGUGCAUUCUCAAGAUCGGCAGUGAACCACAACGCCGGCUGCAAAACCGCCGUUUCUAACAUAAUCAUGGCAGUCACGGUUAUGGUGACGCUCCUCUUCCUCAUGCCUCUCUUCCAGUAUACCCCCAAUGUCAUCUUGGGAGCCAUCAUUGUCACUGCAGUCAUCGGCUUAAUAGACAUCCCUGCUGCUUUUGAGAUCUGGAAAAUCGACAAAUUUGAUUUCCUCGUCAUGCUCUGUGCCUUCUUUGGAGUCCUUUUCAUCUCUGUUGAGCAAGGCCUAGCCAUUGCAGUUGGAUUGUCUAUCUUCAAGAUUCUGAUGCAGAUCACAAGGCCUAAAACAAUGAUGCUCGGAAACAUACCGGGCACUAAUAUAUAUCGCGAUCUUCACCAUUAUAAAGAAGCUGUUGGUGUCCCUGGCUUCUUGAUUCUCAGCAUUGAAGCUCCUAUCAAUUUUGCCAACACAACUUACCUUAAAGAAAGGAUCACGAGAUGGAUACAAGACCAUGAAACAGAAAAUGAUGACUCCAAAAACAAAUCCCAACUCAAAUUUGUGAUUCUUGAUUUAACAGCUGUGAGUGCAUUAGACACAAAUGGGGUCUCAUUUUUCAAAGAUUUGAGGAUGGCAUUGAACAAGAAAAACUUGGAGCUAGUGUUGGUGAAUCCACUAGGAGAGGUGAUUGAAAAAAUCCAACGAUCCGACGACGCCAAAGAGUUAACAAGGCCUGAUGGUCUGUUCUUGACAGUUGGGGAAGCAGUAGCUUCCCUUCUGUUAUCAACCAAGAGCAAUUCAUCAAGUUGUGUAUGAUUUUAUCAUGAAACUUGAGAGGCCUAAUGCCAAUACAUUAUAAAUAUCUUCUUUUCCUCUGUUUUUCUACCAUCAUAUAUAUUUAUCAAUGUAGCAUUUACGUUGUGAUAUUCUCUUGUUGACGAUCCUAAUGCAAAAUUCCACACCCAAUUAACCA